GAGGUGGCGAUGAAAACGAAGCGAGGCACGAGGAUGUGGCUGUUGUUAUUCCUCCAUUUAAAUCGCCAAUCUCUACGAAGAAGAAAGAAAGAAAGACUGACAGAAAGAAAGAAGGAAGAAAGAAAGCAGCAGCAGCAGCAGCAAAUCAAUAGCUAAAGGACAGCCACCAUUGUUAAACCUUGAAGCUCGAAUUCAUCUCCAUUCCUAAUUUUCUCCGCCCCCAUUUCCAUAUAAAUUCCCCCUUUCCUCUAUCUCUUCACCUUCUGUUCUGUAGAUCCCAAAUGGCGACUGUUUUCCACGCCCUUGGAGCUGGCUCCGCUUUGUCACCUCCCAACUCCUUACAUUCCAACAGAUCCUUCUCUGCUUUCGAGAGGAAGAGUCGUUUCUUGAUUGUUCGAUCUGACGGUAGAGGAGCUAACCAUGUUCUUAGACCUGGAUCUCGCUCCCAGCAUUUGAUCACUAAUGCAGUUGCGACCAAGGCUGAUAGUUCAUCGGCUUCGACUACAUCGAAACCAGGGCACGAACUCUUGCUUUUUGAAGCCCUAAGAGAAGGUUUGGAGGAAGAAAUGGAUAGGGACCCACGUGUUUGUGUCAUGGGUGAAGAUGUGGGUCACUAUGGUGGUUCUUACAAAGUAACCAAAGGUCUAGCUACCAAAUAUGGUGAUCUUAGAGUUCUCGAUACGCCUAUUGCCGAAAACUCCUUCACAGGUAUGGGCAUUGGAGCUGCUAUGACUGGGUUGAGGCCAAUUGUUGAGGGUAUGAACAUGGGAUUUCUUCUCCUUGCUUUCAACCAAAUCUCUAACAAUUGUGGAAUGCUUCACUACACAUCUGGCGGGCAGUUCAAGAUACCAAUUGUUAUUCGUGGUCCCGGUGGAGUUGGACGCCAACUUGGUGCUGAGCACUCACAACGUCUCGAGUCAUACUUUCAGUCAAUCCCUGGAAUCCAGAUGGUUGCUUGUUCAACACCUUACAAUGCAAAGGGCUUGAUGAAAGCUGCAAUCAGGAGUGAGAACCCAGUGAUCCUCUUUGAGCACGUUUUGCUCUACAACUUAAAAGAGAGGAUUCCAGAUGAAGAAUACAUCUGUUCUCUUGAGGAAGCUGAGAUGGUUAGACCUGGGGAGCACAUCACGAUAUUGACAUAUUCUAGGAUGAGGUAUCAUGUGAUGCAGGCUGCUAAAACUCUUGUAAACAAAGGUUAUGAUCCCGAAGUAAUCGACAUCAGGUCAUUGAAGCCAUUUGAUCUUCACACAAUUGGGAACUCAGUGAAAAAGACUCAUCGAGUACUGAUCGUCGAGGAGUGCAUGAGAACUGGAGGAAUCGGUGCUAGUUUGACAGCGGCAAUCACGGAGAACUUCCACGAUUACUUGGAUGCGCCAAUUGUAUGCUUGUCUUCUCAGGAUGUGCCAACCCCUUAUGCAGGGACUUUGGAAGAUUGGACUGUGGUCCAGCCUUCCCAGAUUGUCACUGCCGUCGAACAGCUUUGCCAAUAAUUAGUUUAAGCAGCUUAUUGCCAAGCCAUGCUUCGUCUUCAGUCAUGGAAGAGUUAUUUAUCUCUGUUAGACUCCCAUCCAGUUAGUUUUAGUGAAAGUUUCACUUCAUAUAUUUGAGCAAUUUUUCGUUGUUGAAAACUAUGAAACAGUUUGAUUGUUUUGUUGUCUCAUUACCCCCUGGUUCCAUUCUUCUUUCGAACUUGUUUCUGUAAUUGUCAAAGUUACAAAUAGGGCCAAGCAAUACGAGGAGUCUUUAUGAGUUUUAUAGGAUCUAUGAACCAUUUUGUUUCUAAUUUUAAGUGAUGGAUGACUUUUUCAA